AUGCUUUCACUAGAAAUAACAAAAACUAAUUGGGGGAAAAGCAGGAAAAGCGCUUUCCCGAGGAAAAGGAAAAGCGCUUUCCACCUUGACCUUUCGCAAGCCCACAAACAGAAACCUUGACCUGUUGGAGUCGGAGCAAUGUUUUGAGACACUGUAAACAUAAACAGCUGAGAAUGCGGCGCCCAGAAACGGAAACCGAACCCUCGGACACUGACUCCUCGAUGGCCUCCAGCCAAUCCAGUUGGCAAGGGGGACGGAGGGCAGUACGUCAUCAGAGAGGAAACUCCGAGAAUGCAUACACACUGAAAACUAUGGCGCCGAGACCUUCCGCUGGCCCCGGCGGCUGGCUCUGCCUGCUGGUACCCUUGGCUCUGGGAGUCCGCCUUCUUCACUCCCCUGCCCAGUGCCAGAGCCAUGCCUGGAUGCAGUGGUUCCUCACCAUUGCCGCUUCCGGUAUGGCCCUGGAAAGUCUUUGUUUUUAUGUCUAUGCCUUUGUGAAGACGGGCAUCCUGGUCAAGUGUUUGGUGAGCCUGCUACCCGGAGCGGCCACCAGCUUUUGCUUCUACUUCCUGGCCCAGACAUCGCCAAUUUUUGCCGUAAUUGUGGGUUUCGUGCUGACCGUCUCGUACCAGCAUCUUUAUAUCAGCACCAUGCGGGGAUUUGAGAAGUCCUUUACCUAUGGAGAGGCCUCUGUGUUCGUCCAGGGCUUGGUGUUGUUUGCCCUGAGUGCUCUUCAUCAUUUUUGGGAGCUGUUUCGGGACGGGACCUGCGAUGCCAGUGAUUUCGAGAACCUUAACAAGAUCAUGGUGAAUGCUCUCUUCUGGUUGCUGAACUUCUGCAUCAUCCUCCUGAUGUUCCCUAGGAUGCGAAAGCCGGUUGCCUUCUACCCAUUGCUGGGAGGGCUUCUCCUGGCUGUCACCUGCUUCCCGGUGGUACGACCCUUGCCUCUGAUCGUCCUGCUACAGUUUCUGCUCCGCGAUUAUAGUCGUCUUGCCAUCCUCGGCUUCUACUUGCUGCUGGUAGCUUUGACCGCCGUGACAGUGUCCUGGCAGCUUGGCAAUUCCACGAAAGCCAAUACGCGAGUGCGCAAAAUAUUCCACCUGUUGAUUGUCCUCGUCUUUGUUCCUGGCCUGGUCUACGAAUGCGCUUUGCUCUACUUGGCCACCGGCGUUGCUCUGGCGGCUUUUGUGGUCCUGGAGGUGGUGCGACUCCUAGAGAUCCCCCCCUUCGCCGGUCGAUUAGCGGAAGCUUUCCGUUCCUUUAAGGAUGAAAAGGAUGCGGGCCAACUAGCACUGACUCCGUUCUGCCUACUCCUUGGCUGCUCAAUGCCAAUUUGGCUAACACCCUGUCCCUGCUCCGGAGGCGAUACUCUGGCCCUGCUAUCGGGAGUCCUGGCCGUUGGCGUGGGGGACACGGCAGCCAGUGUGGUGGGUUCCAAGUUUGGACGCAACAAGUGGGGAAGAUCCUCCCGUUCUUUGGAGGGCACCGUUGCAUUUGUGGCUUCCAUCCUGCUCUCCAUUUGGCUGCUGGACUUCUUCGGCCUGGUGGCGAUGACCCAGGCCAAGUGGUUCGCCUCGGUCUUUGCCGCUUUGAACUCUGCCUUGGUGGAGGCCUUCACCGACCAGGUGGACAACCUGGUGCUACCCCUGAUAUUCUACAUCAUCGUUGGCCUAGCCUGAACCGGUGCUUGUGGGUGUAAAUAAGUUGUGAUUAUCACAUUCCUUGGAUUAUUUAUUUUUGUGUUAGAAUUAAUUAUUAAAUAUUCUUAAUGUUAGCAGAGAACUCUGUAAGUUAACAUUGGGCGAGGUACUGUUAACGUAUAUCUGUUAGGGAAUAACAUUUCCCUAGAGAAGGUACUUUUAAGCGCCUUAGUCACGGACGUUAAGAAUUUAAACUUUGAAGAUUUUUAUAAAUAUACCAAUAAAACACAAAAAACCUCUCA